UUUUUUUCUUUUAGUCUAACAAAUCGCGCCUUCUUCUAUUAUCUGUUUCCUCUUCCAACCAAUUCCAAGUCCUUCAUUCCCCAAUUCUCCUUCUCUAUUUCGUACUUAACCAAAUCACAGGAGCAAUUUCGCUCCAACAAUUUUGGAAUUCACAUAACCAUUUUGAGCAGGAAAUCUUGUUCAAUCAACAUAAAUAUGUUCAGUAAAGCUCAAUGCUUUGAUAUCAACUGCUUUUUCAAGUCACCUUGUCAUUUACACACCUCAUUCAACAUCAAAUUCUCAGUUUCUCCGAUUGAAACUCAUGAUUCUUCCAAAAAACCUAGAGAUUCAAAUGUUCUUGAAAUACCCAAUAAAGGGUACCAGAAAUUCCGAAGAUUUGAGAAGCAGAAUGCAAACUCAUGUGGUGUAAUUGAUAAACAGAGUAGUUUGAGUAAAAACCCACAUGGGUCUGUUGAUGAAUUGGGUAGAUUACAAUCUGGGAACAGUCGGAAUCAACAAAAAAAGAUUAAUGGUGAAGUUGAAUUUGCAGGUGGGAGUGGAAAUUUUCCUGCAAAGAAGGUGCACACCAGGUGUUCGACGAAAUGGGCCUCUUAUGGAGGGUGUAUUCCGUCCAUAUUGCUGGCGUUGGACAGUAUUAGCGACUUAGACGAGGCGUUUAGGCCAUGGGAAGAGAGGCUUAGCAACAAGGAGAGGAGUAUUAUCUUGAAAGAGCAGUCGAGUUGGGAGAGGGCUAUGGAGAUUUUUGAGUGGUUUAAGAAGAAGGGUUGUUAUGAGUUGAAUGUAAUUCAUUAUAAUAUCAUGCUCAGGAUUCUAGGAAAAGCGCGAAAGUGGGUUGAAUUGGAGAGUUUGUGGGAUGAGAUGAAGAUGAAGAGGAUUGCACCAAUAAAUUCUACUUAUGGUACUCUUAUUGAUGUUUAUAGCAAAGGUGGGCUUAGAGAGGAGGCUUUGGUUUGGCUGCAAAGAAUGAAUGAACAAGGCAUGGAGCCUGAUGAAGUUACAAUGGGAAUUGUUGUCCAAAUGUACAAGAAAGAAGGGGAGUUUAGAAAAGCUGAGGACUUCUUUAAAAUGUGGUCUUCGGACAAAUCAAAAAAAGAGAAGAAUACAUUUCAAGGGCACAAAAUGGGUGCUAUGAAGGUGAAAUCCGGGGAUCAACUUAGUUUGAGCUUGUAUACGUAUAAUACCCUCAUUGACACAUAUGGGAAAUCUGGGCAACUUCAGGAAAUGUCUCAAACUUUUCAGAAGAUGAUAGAUGAUGGAGUUAUUCCUGAUACAAUAACCUUCAAUACAAUGAUUCACAUUUAUGGAAAUAUUGGCAGGUUAGAAGAGGUCAACAAAUUGGUGCGGAAAAUGGCAGAACUUAACCGCUCCCCUGAUACUAGAACAUAUAAUAUUCUUAUAUCCCUUUAUGCUAAGCGUGAUGAUAUCAACCUUGCAUUUAGUUACUUUGCUCGAAUGAAGCAGGACUACCUUCAGCCUGAUCCUGUGAGCUACCGUACCCUUUUGUAUGCUUUCUCUAUAAGGCAAAUGGUUUUUGAAGCAGAGAUGCUUAUCUCAGAAAUGGAUAAAAGGGGUCUUGAAAUUGAUGAAUUUACACAGUCCGCCCUGACUAGAAUGUAUAUUGAUGCUGGUAUGCUUGAAAAGUCAUGGUCUUGGUUUGAACGUUUCCAUCUCGAAGGUAAUAUGACCACAGAAUGCUAUUCUGCUAACAUUGAUGCAUAUGGUGAGCGCGGUUAUGUCAAAGAAGCCGAGGAAGUGUUUGUCUGUUGCCAAGAGAAGAACAAAAUAGGUGUGUUGGAAUUCAAUGUGAUGAUAAAAGCUUACGGUAUAGGUAAGAGUUACGAUAAGGCAUGCCAGUUAUUUGAUAGUAUGGGGAAGCUAGGUGUUUUUCCAGAUAGAUGUAGCUAUAUCUCUCUCAUACAAUCACUAGCUGCUGCCGAUUUGCCUCAUAUUGCAAAGCCCUAUCUGUUAAAGAUGCAGGAAGCAGGUUUGGUGAAUGAUUGUGUUCCAUAUUGUGCCCUUAUCUCAAGCUUUGCAAAGCUUGGUCAGUUGGAAUUAGCCAAAAGUUUGUACAAGGAAAUGAUUGGCUACAAUGUACGGCCUGAUGUUGUUCUUUAUGGUGUGCUAAUUAAUGCUUCUGCAGAGAGUGGAAAUGUUUCAGAAGCUAUGGAGUAUGUUGAUGCUCUGAAAAAGGCAGAUCUCUCACUGAAUGACGUAAUCUGCAACUCCUUGAUCAAACUAUAUACAAAAGUUGGCUACUUAGAAGAGGCAGUGGAAACUUACAGAUUGCUUCGAUCAUUUGAGAAGGGUGCAGAUGUAUAUUCUUCGAAUUGUAUUAUCGAUCUGUACAGCAAACGAUCAAUGGUUACGGAAGCAGAAGAGGUUUUUGAUGAUGUGCGGGAAAGAGGUGAAGCAAAUGAGUUCUCAUUUGCAAUGAUGUUGUGCAUGUAUAAACGUGUAGGUAGGCUUGAAGAAGCAAUGGAGAUGGCAGAAAAGAUGCAAGAAUUAGGACUUUUGACAGAGCUUUUGAGCUAUAACAGUGUGCUUGCUCUUUUUGCUAUGGUUGGGAGAUUAAAGGAGGCUGUUUCUAUUUUCAAGGAGAUGAUUAGUCUUGAGAUUGAACCUGAUGAUUCCACUUAUAAGUCACUUGGAUUUGUUCUUGUGAAAUCUGGGGUUCCCAAACAGGCUGUCGCUAAGUUGGAAGUAGCAAGGAAGAAAGAUACUAAAAGCGGGCUGCAAGCAUGGGUUUCAGCCCUCACUUCUGUGGUUUGCAGGGACGAUUAUGGAAACUAUGAUAGUGACUAACUACUUUGUCAUUAACUUAGGAUCUUGAUCUUAGGAAGCCAUAGAUGUAAAUAGUAUGAUCAAUGACCGCAGCAAAGGGUGUAUUCGUUGCCAAUCAACAGCAUAUAGAACUGAUAGAAGCAUGGGUUAACUACAAUGACUGAUGCCAUGACUGGUUUCUGGCAGAAAUGGUACUCUGCAUUGGCAUUGAUGGUGUAUGUCUUCUUUAUUUCUUAAUCUUUUUACAGUACACAUGAAAAUAAUCUCCCAACUCUGUUUGUACUGUUGUUAAAUAAAAUGUAGCGGAAAUGAUGGAAAGUAGUUCAUCAUCAACCUGGUAAUUUUUUUUUAUUUCGUGUUGUGAAAAUAAAAUAUGGAUUGUUACUUUUC